AUGUCUGCCCCUCGCACUACUCAUUAUGUUGUUGUGCUUCGAAUCAUCCGUUAUGUUAAGGGCACUAUGUUUCAUGGACUUCACUACUCCAAUUCUUCCCCUCUUCAUUUGAUCGCAUAUUCUGAUGUUGAUUGGGCUAAUGAUCCUACUGAUAGAUGCUCCACUACUGGUUAUUGCUUCUUUCUUGGAGAUUCUCUUAUCUCUUGGCGUAGUAAGAAGCAAAUGGUUGUCUCUCGUUCCAGUACUGAAGCUGAAUAUCGAGCUCUUGCUGACACUACCUCCGAGCUGUUAUGGUUACGAUGGUUACUCAAUGACAUGGGAAUUACUCAUUCAUCUGCAACCCCUCUUCACUGUGACAAUCGUAGCGCCAUACAGAUUGCCCACAAUGAUGUCUUUCAUGAGCGCACUAAGCUUAUUGAGACUGAUUGUCACUUUAUUCGUCAUCAUGUGCUCGAGGAUACUGUUCGCUUUAUUUCUGUCCUUUCCCAGGAUCAGUCUGCAGAUAUAUUUACCAAAGCUUAUUCUCCUCUUCGCUUUCGUGCUCUCGUUGGCAAACUCCAGAUGACUGAUACAUUACCCUCUUGA